AUGUCGUUCCCCACGCCACGCAUCCUCCCCUCGCAUCUGCACGCCUUCGCCCCCUCCGCGCACCCGAGCAUCUCCACCAUCCGACUCCUGGGCCACAUCACCUCGCUGCGCGGCGACCAGGCGGUGCUGGAAUCCUGCAACCAAGAAACCGUCACCCUCAUCCUGAACCGGGAUUCACACCUCUCGCUGCACUCGCUCUACGAGAUCAUCGGCAAGGUGAUCAACCUCGAAGGUGGGCAGGGGCUGGGGGUGCGUGUGCUGGGGACGACGGAGUGGCCGAGCCGGAGCCCGGAGGGGGUGGCGGUGGAUCUGAGGUUCAAGGAGAUCUUUUAUGAGGCUGCGGGGGGUGGAGGGGGCGUGGAUGGGGGUAUGAAUGUGGGCAUGGGUGGGUUUUGA